AUGGGAAAACUAACAGCAAAAUUCAGCGCCAUCGUGUUUGUUUUUUGCUGUUUUUUAGCCAUUGUUUCAGCUCAGAAACUUGAUACUUUUAGUCGACAAUUUGGGUCUUUCGAUCAAAGACAGCAUGAUAUUUUUGAGGUUGUAAAGCCUGCUAUGAUCAGCAACGGCGCUCUUCAAGUGACUCCAGAGUCAGCUUCGGCCGAUUUCAAUAUGUAUAACAAUUCAGGCAGAAUCCUAUACAAAACGCCCUUUAAGCUCUGGGAUGGUGAUAUUGCAUCAUCCAAAGAAAAACUGGUGGCAUCUUUCAAUACUUCAUUUCUUAUCAAUGUUUACCGGCCCAAAAAUGAUACUCCCGGCGAAGGUUUGGCUUUCUUGAUUGCCGCUGAUCUUAAUUUGCCGCCUAACAGCUCCGGAGGGUAUCUGGGCCUGACGAAUGCAACCAACGACGGCAAAGACAAUAACCACGUACUUGCGGUGGAGCUUGACACCUUCAAACAGGAUUUUGACCCUGAUGACAAUCAUGUAGGUAUUGACAUCAAUGGAGUCACAUCUGUAAAAGUUGAACCUUUAACACCUCACAAUAUCACAAUAGCUCCAAAGGAUCCUAAAUUUUACAACAUAUGGGUGGAUUACGAUGGUUCUAAGAAGUUCCUUGCUGUGUACAUAGCAGAAGCUACGAAAACUGGCCCUACUCCUCCCAAGCCUAGCUCCCCCAUUAUAAGUUCAGAACUAAAUUUACGAGAAAUUCUAACUCAGUAUUCGUAUUUCGGGUUCUCUGCAUCUACGGGGAAUACUAUUCAAUUAAACUGUGUUUUGAGGUGGAAUUUGACUAUCCACCACUUUCCAGAUAAAAAGCACCCAUGGUUGAAGAUAACUUUAGGAGCUGGAGUGCCUAUUUUGGUGCUCCUAAUAUUAGGAGCAGUAGGAUUUGGAUAUUACUUUCGCAAGCGGCGAAUGGCACAUUGUAAUUCAAACUUGGCAGGGGCUCUCAAGAGUCUUCCCGGUACUCCUCAAGAGUUCAAAUUUAUGGACCUGAAAAGGGCUACAAACAGUUUUGAUGAGAAGAACAAGCUUGGACAAGGAGGAUAUGGAGUUGUAUACAAAGGGGUUCUUGAUAAGGAGAAUCUGGAGAUUGCAGUCAAGUGGUUUUCCAGGGAGAGUAUCAAAGGACAAGAUGAUUUCUUGGCUGAACUUACCAUCAUUAAUCGCCUUCGGCAUAAACAUCUUGUUAAAUUGCUCGGAUGGUGCCACAAGAAUGGGAAGCUUCUACUGGUGUAUGAAUACAUGCCCAAUGGAAGCCUUGACAAACACCUGUUUUCCGAGCCCAACAUAGAGCCACUUGGAUGGAGUCUUCGAUAUAAAAUAAUUUCUGGGGUCGCCUCAGCUUUGCACUAUCUCCAUAACGAGUAUGAGCAGAGGGUAGUGCACCGAGAUCUUAAAGCCAGCAACAUCAUGCUCGACUCCAACUUUAAUUCCCGUCUAGGAGACUUUGGCCUUGCACGGGCUCUUGACAAUGGGAAGACCUCAUAUGCCGAGGCAGAGGGAGUGCUAGGCACAAUGGGAUACAUUGCACCCGAGUGUUUCCACACUGGAAAAGCCACACAACAGUCUGAUGUCUUUGCAUUUGGGGCAGUCUUAUUGGAAGUGGUAUGUGGUCUACGGCCCGGAACCAAGAUUGCUGGCUUCCGAUUCUUGGUCGAUUGGGUUUGGCUCUUGCAUCGUGAUAGGCGCUUACUCGAAGCUGUAGAUCCAAGAUUGGGUGACAAAUUUAUUGAAGAAGAAGCCGAGAGGCUUCUGCUGCUGGGGUUGGCCUGUUCACAUCCUACUGCUAGUGAAAGGCCUAAAACACAGGCUAUACUUCAUAUAAUAUUGGGAACAGUGCCAGUGCCGAAUGUUCCACCGUUCAAGCCGGCUUUUGUGUGGCCAGCUGUUGAACCCACAGAUUUAGAUUCGAGUUCUGUGAAUACGACAUCAAUAACUGCUUCACAUUUCGGCUCAGGUUGGAGUCCACAGGAUCUGAGCAUGGAGAACUCUACUGGAUACACGGACUCCUUGGUGUAG